AUGUUCAAAUUUCAUAAAACCCUUGACGUCCUGACGCUCUUCCAUUCACCUCGUUCGGAGGCGUCAAACCGAGUUCUAUCUGCUCUGAAGACGGCUAAUACUGCUGCCGAGGAAUCCUCAGCGAAUAUCAGUACCAAUGGAAACACCAGUGCUGGAGAAAAAAAGCAGAUAUUCGAGCUAGAUGUUGUCGAAGGGCCGAUGACCACUACGCAACUAAGAAGCAUCCUUGACUAUAUCGGCGAAAAUAAAGUUGAGGAUAUUGUCGAGGGUGCAAGGGGAAUCCACGAUGCUAUGAAAAUUCUCGAGGGAACGAAAGGUGUAGAUGCGGUAAAACGACCUAUUGUAGUUGAUUGGAACAACGGCCGUGUGGUUUUGGGUGAAAAGCAGUCUGCAUUACAGGAACUUAUUAAAUCCUUACCCAAGUCAUGA